UUCAAAAUAUGGGAAUAUUAGCUUUAAGUAGUAACAAAAUCUUUGGUCCUAUCCCUUCUUCAUUUGGCAACUUAACAAGACUGAUCCAACUCUAUUUAUUCGAAAAUAACUUGACAGUUUUACUUCCAUCGAGUUUUGAAAAUUGUAAAUCUUUGCAGGUCUUGCACCUACAAACCAACAGACUAAGUGGUAGCAUACCCAGGCUUCCCUAUUUUUCAAUUAUUAGUCUAGACUUGAGCAAUAACUUAUUCACUGGUACACUUCCUAUGGAAGUUGGUAAGUUAGAAAACAUUAUGGAGUUGUACGUCGACAGAAACAAGUUAUCUGGUGAAAUACCGAGCUCAAUUGGCGAGUGUUUAAGCUUAAUAAAACUAAGCUUGGAUAAUAACUUGUUUCAAGGAGCCAUUCCUUCAGCUAUUACUUCCUUAAAAGGUCUAGAAAGUUUAACACUUUCCCACAAUAAUUUUUCCGGUAUAAUUCCAAAAGGCUUUGAGAAUUUAACGACGCUCAUUCAUCUGGAUUUAUCUUAUAAUAAUUUGGAAGGAGCGGUACCAAAUGACGGAGUCUUUGAAAAUGCAAGUAGAUUUUCAGUUGAAGGGAAUAGUAAGAUUUGUGGUGGUAUACCUGUUUUGAAGUUGCCGAAUUGCUCCAUACCAUCAAACCCAAAUACCAAGCUAAAACAAAAGAAAUCAAUGCCUGCCAAAGUUACUAUUAUCAUCAUAAUCGUGGUUUUGUUUGUAACUUCUAUUGUGAUUCUUGCUGCUCUUUACCGGAGAAAGCAGUCAAAAACCAAACUGUCAUCUACAUCUUUAGAUAUGGGUGAACGGUUCAAUGGUGUUUCUUACAAUGAUCUUCUUAAAGCUACCAAUGGAUUUAAUGAUAUUACCAACUUGCUUGGUGCCGGAAGUUUUGGUUCUGUGUACAAGGGAAUUCUUUCACAACAUGAAUCCAAACCUGUUGCAGUGAAGGUUCUACACCUUCAACAAAGAGGUGCAACCAAGAGUUUCUUGGCUGAAUGUGAUGCCUUGAGGAAAGUUAGACAUAGAAAUUUACUCAAGAUUGUAACUUGUUGUUCGAGUACUGAUUUUCAAGGUAAUCCUUUCAAAGCACUAGUUUUUGAAUUCAUGGUUAAUGGUAGUCUUGAGAAUUGGCUGCACCCCAGUGAAGAUGCCACACGUAAUGAUGAUGAGAUACAUGUGAAGAAUCUGAACCUGGAAAGAAGAUUGAAAGUUGCAGUCGAUGUUGCUUCUGCAUUAAAUUAUCUACACCAUGAUUGUGAAUCCCCCCUUGUUCAUUGCGAUUUGAAGCCUAGCAAUGUCCUUCUUGAUGAUGAUUUGAUCGCGCAUGUGGGUGAUUUUGGCUUGGCUAAGUUCCUCCAUCACAACUACAAUACUUCUCGACAGCUGAUUGAACCAAAUGCAAGUUCAAUUGAAAUAAAGGGCUCCAUUGGUUAUGUUGCUCCUGAAUAUGGAACGGGUGGUGAAGUGUCUACUCAGGGCGACGUCUACAGCUAUGGGAUACUCUUAUUAGAGAUGUUUACUAGAAAAAGACCAACUGAUAACAUGUUUAAGGAUGGUUUAAACAUUAAUAGCUUUUCUAAGAUGCAUGCAUUCCCAGAGAGAAUCCUAGAUAUCGUUGAUUCAAGAUUGCUGCUGGAAUUGGAAAAUGAACAUCUUGAAAAUGUUGGAACAAACAAUUUUAAUAAGCCACGAAGCAGAAGAAGAAACAGAGCAAGACAUACUACGAGAGAAAUUUUAGCUUCUAUUAUUCAGAUUGGAGUUAUAUGUUCUUCAGAGUUACCUUCAGAUCGGAUCAGCAUGAAUGAGGUCAUUGUGGAUGUACAGGCAGUACAGAAUCAGUAUCUUGGGAUCGAAAUGUAA